UUAGUAACAUUAAUCUUUAAUCCAAUAAAAAAGUAAAUGUUAGAAGGUGUACAUUUUAUCUGUGAAUACUGACAAGUGCAAAAAACCUAGUAUUGGAUUAGCCCAUAUGCUUUUGCACUGUUAGUGGUCACUUGAGUCGUGAUGCAAACGCACGGAAACUUAGCAGCUAGUUCUCUAUGGCAACCGUCCGAGCUCGCUAGACGAAUGUUGGGAGAGAGGCCCUCUCCUGUUCCACCAACAAGAGAAUUGUGGCCUCCACCAGAACCAAUUUUAAGCAUAAGCACGUUACAACUGGCUUAUCAACAAAAUGAAGACCUAUCACCGAGACACGCAUCAACUUUUGCUUCUCAACCAUACGUUCCUACAACCGUGCCUAUUGAAUGCGAUGCAUGUCCGCGCCUUUGUACUAUAGGUACGAACACGGAUCCGCCUCCCACAGUUUUGAGUCGAAUAAGACAUUUUCUUCGAAGAGAUAACGACUUGAUUUCAUUGCCAUCGUCAAUACAACUUUCUGUAAUGAGAAUGGAAACACGAACGGAACAAAACAAAGAAAAUUCAAAUCGUACUGUUAAUGGCUUAAAGAAAGCCAUAUCAGGGGCUAAAUAUCGCAUAGCUCCGAACACUGAGAGCAUCGCAAGUCCCAAAAUUGUAUAUGAUACUUCAAAGCCGGGCGAUCGAAUGGUUACAACAUUUGGUGCGAGUAAUUCUCGAAAAUGGUUUAAACUUCCAUCGAGAUCGGACUGUUCUCAUCAUUUUCGUACAUUUAAAAAAUUUUGUUGCCACAGAUCUCGAGAUUCAUCACACCGUCAGUGUCAUCGUCCGCCUUUACAAAUAACUCAGGUGUGAAAUUCAAGAGGAUCAUUUAAAGAAACCUAUUUAAAAUAUUGUGUUUAGUUUAUAUUUUAUAUAGUUUAUUUCAUAUAUGAUGCACCAAAGGCUAUCUCUAUUAUAGUAAAAAGCUAAGCGUUGUUCACGGUUUUUGUAGAGUGAUCGAAGUUUAAGUAGCGUUUUGGCUAAUAAACGUUUCUACGUAAA